AUGCCACGUGAUAAUUCAUGGAUAUAUUGUCAUAAUACUUCAUACUACGAAAAAAGUCUUGAAGAUAAUAUUGAAUGUUCAAUAGAUGAAUUAGAAGUAUUUCAAUGGCUUUCAGCAUUAUAUGUUUUAGUUGAUUAA